UCUGGUCAUGAAGCAAAAUUAAUAGAGUCAAGGAGUCCCAAACGGGUAUCAAAUUAAAAGAAAUCCUUGUCAUUUAAAUUUUGAUAUAAGUUGAAAUUCCAUGAAAGCCAAAACAAAUAUUGGACACUGAAAAUUCUGGGGAGGAAAAUUUUGAGAUUAAAGGUGAUAAAGGCAUGGAAAGGCACAAUGUAAGGGGCAAUUCCUUUUAUUGUGUAAGUAAAGGGAGAAAUUAGGAUUUGUUGUGGUUUUGAAACACGAAGAACCAAAAUCUUGAACUUUUUGACCUUCAUCUUUACCAAUAUAAAUCUUAUGAGGCCUUUCAAAGUGGCUAAAUUGUUGUAUAUUGCGAUUAUCCAGUUGGAGUUACCAUUGUCACGUCUUGGACUGAUGAAUUGGUCAUUGUGGCACUUGGGACAACUUGGUUAGUACCAAGUUAAUGUUAAUUUAUUGCAGUAGUGGGACUAACCCAACUGUUUGAUUCAAAAUUUCAUUCCGAAAAAUGUUAUUAGAGAAAUUCCGAAAUUAAUAAUUCAAAAAUCAAAUUUACAAGGGUCAAAAAUGGUCAUUUUUUUGAAAAUUGAUGGGGUGAAGUUAUUGCCAUUACUUGUUUAUUCUGAAAAUUGGGCCGGUGUAACAUAUCCAAAACAGAAAGCCCGUACCAUUAAACGCUGAAACUGAAACCACAUUCUCUGCAGAAAUCAAGAGUGAAGAAACGAUAAUGAGACCUGUUUCUCAGAAAUGGGGCUACAUUCGAAUCAUGGCCGGUACAAUCCUUGGAGGCAUCCUCGGAUUCUACGUUAUGCACCGUGUUGAAUCUAACUACAAGGAGAGAAUGAACGAGAGGCUGAGAAACUAUGAGGCUGAAUUGAGGAGGAAGAAGGACGAGAGAUUGAACGAGUUUGAGGAAUCCUCCAAGUUUUGAAAAAUUGUGGUUUUCUUUUCUUACUUUUUGAUGUUCUCUUUUUCUUUUUAUGUUUGAUUUAUGAGAAUAAUUGGAAAAAUUCUAUCUUUGUAUACUAGAACAUCUUUAACGAUGUAUAGUUUCUCCCUUUUCAUAUGCUGUUGAAAGGGCUUAAAAGCCUUACUAUUAACCCAAUUUCAUAGAACUGAAACAUGCAGCUUGCGUCAAACCUAAGAAAGAGAUUUGUAUAGUAGAAGAUAAUGCAGAUAAAUGUAUUAUGUUUGAAUUUAAUGGUGAUUAAUUUAUGUUGGAA